CGUGGUCCCUCCGCUGGGCCACACGGCAGGCUGGGUAUAAAGAGCCGUCACCUGUCCUCUGCAGACACCGGCAGGUCAGCUCCACCAGAACCCAGCACCAUGAAGCUUCUCACAGGCCUGGUGUUCUGCUCCUUGAUCCUAGGAGUCAGCAGCUUUUUUUCAUUCAUUACUGAGGCCGCCCAAGGGUCUUGGGACAUGUGGACCUACUCCGACAUGCGAGAAGCCAACUACAUAAAUGCAGACAAAUACUUCCACGCUCGGCGGAACUUCGACGCUGCCCGAAGGGGCCCCGGGGGCGCCUGGGCGGCUGAGGUGCUCAGCGCGAUGAAGCUUUUCACGGCCAUUGUUUUCUGCUCCUUGGUGGUGGGAGUCAGCAGUGAAAGCUGGUAUUCGUUCUUCAAAGAGGCUGUCCAAGGGACUGGGGACUUGCUGAGAGCUUAUUGGGACAUGCAAUUCACCAGUAGCCGAAAUUCAAACCGAUAUUUCUAUGCUCGGGGAAACUAUGAAGCUGCGCAAAGGGGAACCGGGGGCAUCUGGGUUGCUAAAAUAAUCAGCAACUCCAAGAAGUAUUUUCAGAUGCUCUUACAUCAGUAUUACUACAAAAGCGGCAGCAAGGGAUUGGAGGACCUGAUGUCCAACCAGAGAGCUGAGGAAUGGGGCCGCAGUGGCAAAGACCCCAAUCACUUCAGACCUGACGACCUCCCUCAGAGAUACUGAGCUUUCUCUCUCUGUUCUCAGGCGACCUGGCCAUGAGCCACACACACCUCUCCCCCAUCACAGUGUCACCAAGCUUUGUGUCCCCAGGAACUGCAGGGCACCUGGAGGUACUCAAUAAAAGAUUUGCUAAACUGAG